AUGAUUGGCAGUCUCUUCUUCAUCCUCAAUCGGCUCUUAGAGCUUAUUCUUCUAAUUCCGAUCAUCGGAAUGAUGGCCUACUUUGUCAACGGCUAUCUGAACGCAAACAUGAUUACCCCGGCCUAUAUCCUGGUCAUUUUCAUUGUCAGCGUCAUUGCGGCUUUCUGGUGUAUCGAUACCAUGAUUCGUAUUUCAACCACUCGACGUUCAGCGAUGUUCGUCGCUUUCGUGGAUCUACUAUUCUUCGGCGCAUUUAUCGCAGGGGUCUACGAGCUGCGAUUCAUCACGAAUGCCGACUGUGCGCACUGGAAUGGAGGCUCAGUGUACAUUUCGCUUGGUCCCUUCGGAUACUAUGGCUACACCUCGGACAAUCCGCUGUCAUUCCACAUCAACAAAACAUGCGCGAUGCUCAAAGCUUGCUUUGCAUUGGGGAUAAUCGAGGUGAUCCUAUUUUUCUGGACGGCGAUACUGGCGAUGAUGAUCUACCGCCGACCGGACACGAUUGUCAAGGAGACGACUGUGCGGCGCCGCAGUCACAGCAGUCGACGCGGUCAUAGGCGCCAUAGCAGCUCACGCAGCCGACAUCACUAUGAAGUCUAG